GAGGAAGGGGAAAGUGCUUCCGGGGCGCCCGGAUUUGACCAGGAAGCGCUUCCUAGCGGGGUUGCAGCGCGAAGAUGGCGGCGGAAGAGCCUCAACAGCAGCCGGAGCCCCUCGGCGGGGACACGGAUGGGGUGAAUUGCUUGGCCUACGAUGAAGCCAUAAUGGCCCAGCAGGAUCGAAUUCAGCAGGAGAUUGCCGUGCAGAACCCGCUAGUCUCAGAAAGGAUGGAGCUGUCAGUCCUGUACAAAGAAUAUGCUGACGAUGACCAUGUCUAUAAGCAGAAGAUCAUGGAUCUGCUGAAAAAGUACUCGUACAUCCGGAAGACAAGGCCGGAUGGCAACUGCUUCUAUCGGGCAUUUGGCUUUUCCCACCUCGAAGCUAUGUUGGAGGAUGGCAAGGAACUGCAGCGCUUCAAAGACGUGGCCGCCAAAAGCAAAGACGUUCUAGUUUCUCAAGGCUUCACGGAAUUCACCAUUGAGGACUUCCACAACACGUUCAUGGACCUGAUAGAGCAGGUGGAGAAACAGAUCACGGUCCCGGAGCUGCUGACCUCCUUCAACGACCAGAGCACCUCGGAUUACCUGGUGGUAUACCUGCGACUGCUCACCUCCGGAUACUUGCAGCGCGAGAACAAGUUUUUCGAACACUUCAUCGAGGGAGGACGCAGCAUAAAAGAGUUCUGCCAGCAGGAGGUGGAGCCCAUGUGCAAGGAGAGCGACCACAUCCACAUCAUCGCGCUGGCCCAGGCCCUCAACGUCUCCAUCCUGGUGGAAUACAUGGACCGGGGCGAAGGCGGCGCCACCAACCCUCACGUCUUCCCCGAGGGCUCGGAGCCCAAAGUGUAUCUACUGUACAGACCGGGACACUACGACAUCCUGUAUAAAUAAGAGGCAGAGGGGAGGGGGAGGCCCGC